AUGGUAUCUCCCCUGCCAGGACUUUUUCUGAGGAAAGGCAGGAAUGCUGCACCGUUUCCACAUAUCCCGGAAGCCUCUCUUUGCGAAGCACGAGGGGCUUGCCCGUGGCGCCCCCUGGCCCUGGUCCCGGCGGAAGUACCCGGGGAGGCCGGGCCGGGGCGGACGAGGGAAAGCAGCCCAGGGCCCCUGAGCUUCGCGGACGUGGCCGCGUACUGCUCCCCGGGGCAGCGGGGGUGUCUGCGGCCCGCGCUCAGGGCCCUGUGCCGGGACGUGAUGCGGGAGACCUACGGCCACCUGGGCGCGCUCGGUGAGUGUUUCGCCUUCGCUGCAUUUUCAGGCCCCAAACUCGCUUUUAUCUCUUGGGUGGAAGGAGAGGUGGAGGCGUGGGGCCCGGAGGCCCAGGAUCCAAAGGCUGAUAGCCCAGCAAAGGUCGCAGGAUCCAGCGAUGGGAGUGAGGAGAAAGAAGUGCUAAAGAAGAGUCCAAAGCAAAAAUAGAUGGAACAUGAGGGAGUGUCUCUCAAGGAGUGGCUGCUAUCCAGCACGCCACUUGACCUCAAUCACAAAGCUGCUUGCCCAGAGCUCUACGAGAACUCAAGGCAAAGCCCCAUCAACCCUUGGCUCAAGGACACUCCCACCCGCAGACCACCCUACUCUUGCCCAGAUUGUGGCUGCAACUUCAGCUGUCCCUCCUUGUUGGCGAGACAUAAGCGGGUCCACUCUGGGCAGCGGCCCCUUCCCUGCAACCACUGUCAGGCCCAUUUCUCCCAGCGCAAGUACCUGCUCCAGCAUCAGUUCAUCCACACAGGUGAAAAGCCCUACCCCUGCCCUGAUUGUGGGCGACGCUUCUGCCAGAGGGCUUCCCCGGCCAUCCAGAGGCGGGCUCAUGCCGGGGAGAAGCCCUACCCACGCCCAGACUGCAAGAGUGGCUUCACUUACCCCUACUUGCUGGCAGUCUGCCAGCGCAAGCACACAGGCAAGAAGCCCUACAGCUCUCCCACCUGCAGCCUCCGUUUUGCCUGCACCUCUCUACUGGCUAUCCACAGCACAGGCGAGAAGCUCUAUCCCUGCCCUGACUGUGGCCUUCACUUUACCUACUCUUCUCUCCUCCUCGGUCACCAGCGCAUCCAUUCUGACAGCUGGCCCCACCCCUGCCCCAAGUAUGGGAAAUGCGUCAAGUGCAAGUAUGCCUUGGAAGCCCAUCAGUGGAUCCAUCGCUCUGGCGAGAGGCUGAGGUGGCAGCAGCCUACAGUAGGGCUUUCAGAGCCAAUUCCUGUUUUGGGAGGCCAGGAUCCCCCAGUUCAUUUCUGGUACUUUCCAGAUAUAUUCCAAGAGUGUAGGUGAUAGAGCUCACAUGAGAUGGUUAGAGUUUUCUCUGGAAAAGAAGAGGCAAAGUUUAUGCAUUUUAUCAGGAUAAGGAAAGGAAGUGGGCAUUUAAGGAAAAACAAAGCUCUGUGUUAGGAAAUAAGCAGAGGUGACAGAGCACAGAGAAGGUACAUUGGAAGAAGGAGGCAGGAAUCUGAAAGGCCACCUGAGGGCUGAACCCAUUUUCUGAAGCUCCACUUCCAAGUCUCACUUGGGGUUACUUCACUGCAAACCAUUCACCCAACUGGCAUUUCUUUCUGGAUUGUUCUCUCCCUUAAAGCAAUCUGCUUUCUGGUCUCUAUCUCUCCUAUACAAGGGUACAGGGGUUUCCUAGACACAAGAGCCUAUUAAAGGAGCCCAUAGCUACUCUGGGGAUCCUGGAAUAGAGGGCACACCUUGGGCCUCUCCCCACUGGGGGAAGCUCAUCCAAGGAUUCUGUCUUUUAGCCAGGGCAAGUGAAACAUCUGGCAAAGAGACACGUGCGGUGUCAAGCCAUUGUUGGCACUGUUUGGUCUUGAAGACCUAGAGGUGGCCAUAGAGAAGACAGUGACUUCAGGUGGGGAACUGUCCUGCCCUACGGUCACUCUGCGUGUACUGCACAAAAGUAUCACACUUAAUGAGCUUAAAGGUUUUUUUUCCAACUUUUAUGAAUUAGUGAUUGCAAUGUUUUUUCUUCACUUAUUUGCAUGUUCCCUGGAUUUUACAUCUUUUGAAUGAAGAUAUAUUCUUGGGCCACAGCAGCUGGAAGUACAAUUCUGGGAACUUUUUUUAAAAGAGAGAGUAAAUUACUGUGAUUAGAGUUGAAAUCAAGGCAUAGUAUCCCCAGUCUAAUUUUUACUCUAAUGCUUGUAUGUUGUCAAUAGUCAAGAAAGAUCUUUCUGACCCAUUUGGAUCUGCUAGCCCUGCUUUUGAACAGGAAACCGUUGAAGGAAUAAGCAAGGAAUUGGGUGGGACUCAGAACGUCUGCAUGCCAGGAAUGGUGCUGGUGAGUCAAAUAUCUCUCUGGACAAGGGACUGCUUCUCCAGAGCCCUGGGUUCCAAAGAUGAUUAAUAAUGGGAACUGGGUGUUAUCAUUACUUUACCACAUAGCCUCUCCUAAAUUGGUACACCUAGAUUCCAGGUUCAGCUCAGUCCCCACCAGCUGUGUGGCCUUAAGUCUAUUAUUUAGCAUUUCUGAGCCUUAGUUGUCUAACUUAUAAAAAAAACAUGAAGGCACUCAGCAUGUCUUUAUAGUUUAAAGAACAAACAGCAGAGCUUCCCUCCAACAUAUUAUUAUAAAAUUUUUCAGUCAUUCAAGAGUUGAAAGAAUUUUAUGGUAAACACCCAUAAGCCUAUCACUUAGACUCUACAAUUAACCUAGAUUCUGCAGUUUUGCUAUAUUUGCUAUAUCACACAUCAAUCCAUCUAUCCAUCCCUCCAGCCAUCAUUUAUCCACCUUAUUUUCUUUAACCUAUUUCAUAGUAAGUUGCAGACAUCGCUACAUUUCACUCCUAGACACUUCAACAUAGGGCUGAGCUUUAUGCAAGAAACUUUAGCUCUCCUUAAAGUUCAGAUGCUCUCCCUUAAACUUUAUCUCUCCCUUAAAGACCCUGUUGUUGACAGGUAAAAUUUAUGAACCAUAAUUAUCUCCUGUAUGUUUUAUAACUUCUCAUAAUUAUCUAGAUUCUUGAACAAACAUAUACAAUUUGGUGGGCAUUAAAAAAAUUUGAGGGGCCGGCCCAGUGGCGCAGCGGUUAAGUGCGCAGGUUCCGCUUUGGCGGCCUGGGGUUCGCCAGUUCGGAUCCCG